AAGCUAAGCUCCCGAUCAUGGCGGCAAUGGAGACGUCUCCAUCUCCCUCACUUCCUUCCAACAGUAACUCGCCCGCCACGACAACCUUAUCCAUUUACUUCUUGUCAUCACCUUCACUUGAUUCAUCUGCUUUCCCCACUUCUUCCUCCCAUAUGUGACGCUGACAGCUGAUCGCUUCCGCAGAUGAAGUAUAUACUCUCAUUAUACUCUCCUCGUUUGACUCUUUCUCGAAGUUCGAAGACCGCUGUCGGCUGUAUGACUUCCUCUCUCUCCUUCUCUCUCUCAUCCUCUGUUGUCUUUGCGCGAGAGUUGGAAGUGCGUGCGUGCUCUCUGUUGAGGCUUUGAGCUAAAGGAGAGAGAUACUUUGUGCUUCGAUCAAUACCAUGGAGAGCACGAUGAAGGACUUGAGAGGCGGAGCCACCGUGCUUGACCCGAAGUCGAGCGCCUGCGGGGGGGUCGAGGACGUGUAUGGCGAGGAUUGCGCCACGGAGGAUCAGCUCAUCACUCCCUGGACCUUCUCCGUUGCCAGCGGAUAUUCUUUACUGAGAGACCCUCAACACAACAAGGGGCUUGCCUUUACUGAAAAGGAAAGGGAUGCCCACUACUUACGUAGCCUGUUGCCGCCUACAGUUAUCUCUCAACAACUCCAGGAGAAGAAAUUGAUGAAGAACAUACGAGAGUAUCAAAUCCCAUUGCAGAAGUAUAUGGCCCUGAUGGACCUCCAGGAGAGAAAUGAAAGGUUGUUCUACAAGCUGCUAGUUGAUAACGUUGAGGAGCUGCUUCCGAUUGUUUAUACUCCAACUGUCGGUGAGGCAUGCCAGAAGUAUGGGAGCAUCUUCAGACGACCUCAGGGUCUUUACAUAAGUUUAAAAGAGAAGGGCAAAAUUCUUGAAGUCUUGAAGAACUGGCCUAGGAGAAGCAUCCAAGUUAUCGUAGUGACUGAUGGUGAGCGGAUCUUGGGACUUGGGGAUCUCGGGUGCCAGGGUAUGGGCAUUCCUGUUGGCAAAUUGGCUCUUUACACUGCUCUUGGAGGAGUUCGUCCUUCAGCUUGCUUGCCGAUAACAAUUGAUGUGGGAACGAACAAUGAGCAGUUGUUGCAGGAUGAGUUUUAUAUUGGUCUUAGGCAAAGAAGGGCAACUGGCCAGGAAUAUGCCGGCAUCCUGCAUGAAUUUAUGACUGCUGUCAAGCAGAACUAUGGAGAAAAGGUUCUUGUACAGUUCGAGGAUUUUGCAAAUCACAACGCCUUCGAUCUUCUCGCAAAAUAUGGAACGUCCCAUCUCGUCUUCAAUGAUGAUAUACAGGGAACAGCAUCCGUUGUUCUUGCAGGAGUUAUUGCAGCAUUGAAGUUACUGGGUGGUGAGCUAGCUGACCACACUUUCUUGUUCCUCGGUGCUGGAGAGGCUGGAACAGGCAUAGCUGAGCUUAUAGCUCUUGAGAUGUCAAAACGGGCAAAGGUUCCUCUAGAGGAGACCCGUAAGAAGAUCUGGCUUGUCGACUCAAAGGGAUUGAUUGUUAGCUCCCGUAAGGAGUCUCUUCAACACUUCAAGAAGCCCUGGGCCCAUGAGCACGAGCCUAUCAAGGAUCUCUUGGGUGCUGUCAAGGCAAUCAAACCGACGAUUUUGAUUGGAUCUUCUGGCGUCGGGAGAACUUUUACAAAGGAAGUGAUCGAGGCCAUGGCCUCCUUUAGUGAGAAACCAGUGAUUAUGGCUUUAUCCAACCCAACCUCGCAGUCAGAGUGCACUGCUGAAGAUGCUUACAAUUGGAGCAAGGGCCGGGCAAUAUUUGCUAGUGGAAGCCCCUUUGAUCCUGUUGAAUAUGAGGGCAAAGUCUUUGCUCCCGGGCAGGCCAAUAAUGCUUACAUUUUCCCGGGACUUGGUCUGGGCUUAGUCAUUUCUGGAGCAAUUCGUGUCCAUGAUCAAAUGCUUCUAGCAGCCUCUGAGGUACUAGCUGGGCAAGUCACGGAGGAGAACUUUAAGAAAGGACUGAUCUACCCGCCGUUCUCCAAUAUCAGGAAGAUCUCAGCCCAGAUUGCUGCCAAUGUUGCUGCCAAGGCAUACGAUCUUGGCUUGGCGAGCCAUCUGCCCCGCCCCCAGGAUCUCGUGAAGUAUGCAGAGGGCUGCAUGUACAGUCCCAUCUACAGAAACUACCGGUGAGAAGCUUUUCUAAACUUGUUGUGUAAGGUGUCGCAAAUAAGGUAUGCAGAGGGCUGCAUGUACAGUCCCAUCUACAGAAACUACCGGUUUGAAGCUUUUCUAAACUUGUAUAAUGUAAGGUGUGGCAAAUAAGGUAUGCCGUUGAUGCUUCAAUAAUAUAAAUGACAUGAUGGGGAGCUAGGAAUGAAUCGGCUCGCAGAUUAUGUAGCUUCUUCUUUACUGUGAAAUGCCCUACGGAAUAAGGUUUUGUGACCUUCUCUUGC